AUGAAUCCGGGAGAGUUCGCCAACCCGGGCGCGGGGCCUGGCCGGCCAGCCCUGCCCGUUGGGAUGAGGCCCAUGAAGGCGAACAUGCAACAGAAGAAUGACAAUAUCCAGGCUGUCAUGAACCAUGUCGCCUCAGUAAUAACAAGUCAGGGUCCUUAUGGUGGUUGGAAGGCCACGGUCCAGGUCAAGGACCGCGCCCUGCACAUUUACCAAAUGAUCUCUUCCCUCCGUCUUAUUCAACCUAGCAUCGGUCUCAGCCAAGCAGCCCAGGCGGCCAUGAGUUUUGAGUCCAAGGCCUUCUCCAAAGCCAAUGAACGAGACGACUAUGACAAGGAAUGUACCGAGAAGCUUCUUCACAUCAAAGACACAAGAGAGAGACAAGCCGCGGUCGCCUACCAAAGUGGAAUGAUGCCUCAGACGGGCGCCGUCCCAAAUCAGAUGCCAGUCGGUUUCCCACAACAAAUGAAUCAGAACUUGCAAGGCUCCCCUGUCGCUGGCCAGAAUCAAAUGUCAAUGGGGAUGAAUAAUGCUGCCCUUCAACAACAGCAACAGCAGCAACGACAACAGCAGCAGUCUCAGGCGAUGCUCCAGCAACAGGCACAGCAACAGGCGCAAUCACAGCGCACCCAACAACGUCCUGCCAAUGGCAUACCUCUUCCCGACGACCUCAAUACCUUAUCUCCCCAGGAUCUUGAUCAUGUUUCCCGACUGGCAAACGAGAUGCUCAGCAAGACUUCCCCCGAAGACAUGGAAAAGAUCAAGCUGAACUUGUCCAACAUGACACCCGAACAGCGUCAAUACCUCGCAAGAAAAAAUCUUGAUCCGAUGACCUAUUUUUUCCGCUCUCAGGCCCUUGGUCAGAUCAGACGUCAUCGUCGCGCCCGCGCAGAAAUAGGACGUACCCAGAACGCUGGCAUAGACCCCAAUGGCAAUAUGAUGGGUGAUCCCAUGAUGAAUUCACAACAGCAACGACAAGCAUUCCAAAAUAUGCUGAACCUUCAGCGUAACAACGCAUUUCCUGGUAACCCGGGUCAGUCUAUGGAGCCUCCAAAUUUCAUGGGCAACGUGGAGAACAUUCAAGGACAGCAGGCAGAUGGCCUACGCUCACAAGAAGCUGGUCAGCUAGUGGUUCCUGCAAGUUCGUCGCAAAUGAACCAGGCACCAUUCCCAAAUAACAAUCACAAUAACAUGUUCCCGCAACAGAUGGGCCAGAAUGGCCAGGCCAACAUGAAUGGCGAUAAUGUCAAUGCCCAGGCCCAGGCCCAGGCUCAAUUCCUUGCUCAGCAGCAGCAUAUGCAAGGUGGCUCCAAUGUUCCCCAGGAUCGAAUGCAAUUCCAGGCCCAAGCCCAGGCUCAGGCACGUGCCCAAGCGGCUCAGAAAGCUCAGAUGGCAAUCUCGGGUCAUGGUGGUCAGGCAAACCCCCAAGGACAGUCACAACUCACUGGCCAGAGUCCCGGCAUGCCGAUGCUGAACCAGCCGAUGGCACCCGGCCAGAUGUCACCAGUUCAGGUCCAUGGUCAAACGCGACCACCCUCUCGCCCCAUGUCUCAGCAUCCGGGAAGUGUUCCAGGACAGGCUGCAAUGCAAGGUCGUCCACCGAUGCCCCCCAAUAUUCCGCAGCACAUCCAAGACCAAAUUGCCCGUAUGACCCCAGAACAGGCCCAGGCGUUCAUGUUGACCCAGCAGCGUCGGGCCAUGAGCAAUAUGGCUCGGAAUCCCGCCCAACAGCCGGCUUCCCUACAGCAGAACCAACCUCAGCCAGGUCAACCCCAGCAGAUGCUCAAUAAUCAAAUGGGCAAUCCGAUGAUGAGAGGCUCGAUGAACGUCCCUCAGGAAAUGAAUCCCGGUGGACUACCCCAAGGCCAGCAGCUGACCCCACAGCAGCGUCAACAACGGCAGAACGAGAUGUUCAAGCUUCAACUGCUCCGACAGCAAAACAACGGAGUGGAGAUGACCCCUGAUCAGAGCAAGCAAAUGGACCGUGUGGCUUUCCCACCGUCGAUCCUGAAUAUGAACGGCACCUCAAUGCAAGUACCUAAAAACGUUAAGAAUUGGGGCCAACUGAAACAAUGGGCCGCUUCAAACUCGGGAGGCUCAAGACCUAAUGAUAUGUCUCGCCUUAUGGUGCUCCAGAAGCUUCACCUCGGCCAAUUGCUUUCAUCUGGUACUGGUUUAGUCAAGGACCCCAAUGUCCCAGGUCAACAGGCAACCCCCUUCCAGAGCACCCAGAACCAAUUUCCGAAUCCCCAGGGCUUUCCGGUCGGCCAGCAACAGCCUCCCCCUAACAUGGCGGGUAUGCGUCCGAUUACCGCCCAAGAUAUCCAAAUGGCGCGCCAGAAGCUGGGACCUCAGUCAGCAAACUUCACCGAUGAACAGAUCCGCGACAUUCUGCACCGGAACCGUCAAAGGCAAUUGAUGCAGGCAGCCCAAAAUCGAGCCAUGCAAAUGGAAGGAAAUAUGCCCCCUGGGCAGCAAGGCCAACCGACCACGCAACCUCCAUUCCCUUCAGGUCAAGCUAUUCCUCAACCUAAACCCCAACCCCCUCAGCAGACACAGCCACCUGCGGACCCACAAUCACUGGUAAAGGCGCAAGCCGCAGCGAACGCCAAAAGUGCGAAGGCUGUGGCCGGGAAACCGGCCUCGAAGAAGCGACCUAGCACGGAUGAUACUCCUGACGACAGAAAUAUGGCUACCCCCCAACAGAAUCAGACUGUAAUGCCUUCUGGUACAGGGGCUGGCCCCACAAGGUCAGGUAUGCCAUUCACGCCGGAACAGCUUGCACAGAUGACUCCCCAGCAGCGGGCUCAGGUGGAUGCGCACAUGUGGAGACAACAACAAGCUCAACCCAAGGUUCUUAGCAGAGUUGCCGCCGAGGAAGCGUGGAACAAGAAUCUGCCACCUCAAGUCAUGGAAGUUUACAAUGAGAUCUCCAAGGCCGCCCCACCCGCAAAGCCCUUGCCCAUCAGCCCAGAGGACAAGGUCUUAAUGACAAACCAAUUGCGUGAUUCUCUGCAAGUUCUCGGCCGGCUAGAUACCCUGGUGCAAUGGUAUGCAAAAGUUCCAGGCCAGGAGAAGAACGUGAGAAAUCUUCUCGCCAUGCGCAUCCAACUCAUGAGGCAGUUCAAGCCCUCGCAGGACUGGAUUGUUAAUGAUCAGUUCACCAUCACCAAUGAUUACCUUCACGGCGCUGUCAUGUUCAUGAAAAGGUUGUUCCAGUUGAUGCUUACCCGCAUCCAACAACAGAGCCAGCGUUCCAACGCUGCUCAACCUCCUGCCCCCGCCGCACCAAAUGCGCAAGGCAAUAUGCCUGCACUGAAUGCCACCAACUUGCAACAGUUGCAGGCACAGGAAGAAGCCCUCCAGCGAGCUCGACGCGCGUCAAGCCAAUCAGCUACCGUACCACCUGCGCCUUUCGGUGCUCCAUCUCCAUCUGGAGUCCCUCAUGCAUAUGGCCCAGGAGGACUUGCCCCCGAAAACCUCAAAUUGCCUCCCCCGAAAAGACGGAAGCAGUCUCACGCUGGUAUCGCAUCAUCUCCAAUCCAGGCCAAUGGGGCUCCCGUGGCCGCGGUGAAGUACAACAAACAAGUCGCGGAUGCCAAAUCGACAGCUGCAGCGUUGGCGGGAGCUUUCAAGUGCAGUGUGGUCGAAUGUCAACACCACUACCAAGGAUUCCCCACUCAAGUGGCCUUGGACAAGCAUGUUGAAGAAAGCCAUCAACCCGAGGAGGAGGAAGUUAUCGAUGACUACCUCAAAUACUACCAUGAAAGCAUUUCGAUUGGAUUGGGAUUGAAUCCUAACGACCCUCAAGUCCCACAAGCUGCGCCUACUGGAUUCGCACCACUCUCCAACAAGAUCAAUGCGGCGGCUUCUCCUGCGAAGCAAAGCAUUGCUACCCCUGUGCUUGGCAACAUGACUCCCAUGGCCCGAGUCACCAGCCACCUCGGAGGCAAGACCGCAUCUCCUUCUACAUCAACCCAGCUUCUCACCCCGCAGCAGUCUGCCAAGGGAGCGAAGCCUGCUGCCAAGUCUGGUCUGGAGGAUAGCGAGCCAAAGGACCCAUGGGCGGACUGUCCCACUUCGCUUGACGCCCUCCAUGACACCUUCUCGAACCUAGCAAGCAAGGACCUGCCUUACCUGGGCUACGACCCACUUGAAGACUUCAAUAUCAACGAAGCCACCCCAGAGGAUGAUUGGCUUGCCCUCGGUACUCUGACACCUCCUGACGAGACCGACCAAGCCGCUUUCAUGGAUAAUUUCUAUGAACCCUGGGACGAGGACUCCAUUGCACUGGCUGCGGCCACAAUCCGCAUACCACCCGAGAUUCAAGUCAAGGGCGAAGGCCCCAUGGGUCAGCUUGAAGUUGAUUGGGAUGCCGUUGCCCGUUUCGACAAGGAGGGCAUUUCCAUUCCCAUUACUUGA